AUGGACUCCGAGUCAAACUUCACUCACUCAGCCCCUGGAGGCCACACUCCCGCGCGCAUCAUGGACUAUACCACCUCCAUGCCCGCCACACUGCCCACUCUCUCCAUGCUGGCAGCUUUGUUCGCAGGAUGGGUAAUUCUCUGCAGCGCGCUCCGCUUCAGACGCAUCAACAACCUCCAGAAGCGCAUGGGAUACACCGACCGAGUCUCCCUCGCGCGCAUGACCAACGAUGAUGCCCAGAUCAUCCUCCGGAACAUGAUCGAGUUCGAGUUCCCCAAGUUCUACACCUUGGCUCUCCAGUUCGCCAUCUUCAAGACCUAUGGCUUCGAGACGAUGUCUAAGCUCAUCGUCGCCACCAAGAAUCUGGCAGACCCCAAGAACGCCCAGAAGAGAUAUGAGGACACGACCAUCAUCUUCGGAGAGUUCUCCCUCAACCCUCCCACCUCAGACCGCUGCCUCAAGGCCCUCUCCCGCAUGAACUACCUCCACAGCCGCUACAAGGCCGCCGGCCAGAUCUCCAACGCCGACUUCCUCUACACCCUCGCCGUCUGCGUCACCGAGCCCACCCGCUUCAUGAACCUCUACGAGUGGCGGCCCCUGACCGACAUGGAGAAGUGCGCCGUCGGCACCCACUGGAAGGCCAUCGGCGACGCCAUGGACAUCCGCUACGACGGCUACCUCUCGCGGGACUCGUGGGCCGACGGCAUCGAGUUCGCCGACGACAUCACCGCCUGGGCCAAGCGCUACGAGAUCGACGCCAUGAAGCCCGCAAAGGUCAACAUGCAGCCCAGCGCCCAGCUCAUGGAGAUGAUGAUCUGGCACGUCCCGGCCUUCGCCAAGCCCUUCGCCCAGGAGGUCUUUACCGUCCUGAUGGGAGACCGCGUCCGCGAUACCUUUGGCUACCCGGAGCCUGGCAUCAUCGCUUCCUUCACCGCCUACGCAGCCCUCAUCCUCCGCCGCUUCGUCGUCCGCCAUCUCAUGCUCCCCCGCUUCACCCCCGUCGUCUUCUUCUCCGACCCCCACCCCAAGACGGGACGCAUCCAGCACUACGACUACCUCGUCCACCCGUACUACAUCCCGGCCACCUUCUGGAACCGGUGGGGCCCCACGGGCUUGGUCACCCGUCUCCUCGGCGGCACCGUUCCCGGCAACGAGAAGAUGAUGCCCGAGGGCUACCUGUUCGAGGAUAUUGGUCCCCAGGACAAGGUUGGCAAGGGCGUCGAGGAGUUGGCGGAGGGUGUCCAGUGUCUCAAGGGUCGCAGCCGUGGUGCUUGCCCCUUCUCCAGCUAG